AUGAGACGGUCUGCAGCUCCGAGUCAGAAUCAACCGAUUUCUAAACGACUUAAAUUUUCAGCUCCUUAUAAACUAAAUACAACCCCAGCUCCAGUUUCAGUUGACCUGAAUCACAACAACAAUAAAAACAACAUAAGAGAAAAUUCUGGUAAUUUUUAUGAAAACCACAAAAACAGUAUUCGUCAAAGUAGCAGUCCAACAGUAGAGUCUACCUAUGUUGAGAAUUUUAAUAGAAUUGUUCCCAUCAGUGAUAAAGCCUCACCAUUAAAACUAGUAGAAUCCAAUCAGAAUCAUGUUUAUAUUAAACCUACUUUUAAACCAGUCCAAACCCCUGUCCCCCAGUCUCCAGUGUCUCAACCAGUGGAAGAUGGAAAACAGAAGAAUUAUUUUAAUGUUGUCUGGUGUAAACGUUCAAAUAAAAAACACAAAAAAUGGGAGGGAGAUGCUAUACUAGUAACUUGUGGUCGAAGUGUAACGUUGUAUGAUUUAGAAGGCAAAGAAUUUGGUAAAGCCACAGGAUAUAAAGUAAAGGAACUAGAGACGUUACAAGAAGAUCAGACAUUACCUAUUGGUGGACGAGAAAUACUG